UUUAGGUCCCUUGAUACUAUCAUGGCAAACUUCAAGGGCCAUGCCCUUCCAGGGAGUUUCUUCUUGAUCGUUGGGAUCUGGUGGUCACUGAAAUACCCAAUGAAAUAUUUAAAUCAGAAAGGAAAAGGCCGAAAGAUGAAUUAUUACUAUCGGAAGAUUGAGAUCAUCGAAGGAGGGGUCAGGGUCUUCUUUGCUACAGUUGGGAUCCUUGCAGAGCAGUUUGUUCCAGAUGGGCCUCACCUGCACCUGUACAAUGACCAGGACUGGAUAAAACUGAUGAACUGGCAGCACUGCACCAUGUAUCUGUUCUAUGGGCUCUCUGGUCUCAUGGACAUGCUCACUUUUCUCUUCCCUGUUAUCCCUCUGGGGCUGGACCGGCUUCUGAUGUCUUUGUCUGCAAUCAUUGAAGGUAUUCUCUUCUAUUAUCAUGUCCAUAAUCGGCCACUACUGGACCAGCAUAUCCACUUUCUCCUGUUAUAUACGGUGCUUGGAGGAGCCAUUUCCACCUUCAUUGAAGUUUUCCUCAGGGACAAUAUUGUCCUGGAGCUCUUCCGAGCCAGCAUCAUUAUUGCCCACGGCACCUGGUUCUGGCAGAUUGGUUUUGUGCUGUAUCCACCUGCUGGAGGUCCUGCGUGGGACCAAACAUCUCACAAUAACAUCAUGUUUAUCACCAUGUGUUUCUGCUGGCACUGCCUGGCUGCCAUAAUCAUUGUAGCCAUCAACUACUCUCUGGUUUGUGGAAUAGUGAAUCGGUUGAAGAGAUCCAGCAGAGGUGAAGAAAACAUUGGGAUUCAAAAGCUAACAUCAGGUUCCCACUCUCGGGAAGCACUUCUGAAUGACACAGAUGAGGAGUGAGGCUCAAGGAUUGGGGGGAACCCCCUAUGAGCUCAAGCAUCUGGAGCAGAUACUCACCUUCCUUUCCCUCCAUGUAUCUCAUCCUCAGCCAUGCAAUAACCACAGCUCUCAGGGAACCUAUUGCCCUCGAAGUUGCCCAUCUUCAUUCUUGUACUUUGCAAGUUGUAGAGUCCAAAAGGAGGGCAUUGGCUUUGGAUAGUCGGAGGUUAACAUCAUUCUUUGUCUUCUUAAAAUACACUGACAUUUGUUUGUGUUCUGAGACACAGUCCAGAAAUGAUUACCCCCUUCCACUACAUCUGAUUCUUCUGCCUCACUGAGUCAUUGGGAUUGGGGCUGCUUUGUUUAGUGGGAAAAUGGGAAUCGUAUUCAAACUCAGGGAUAGAAAGUUUGGCUGCCUAAUGUGUAUUCUUAUUCCCAAUGAACAAGGACCAGGUUAAGGACCUUCUGUAUGUCUCAAUGAGUUGAUUUUUUAAAAAAAUUAUAAACCAGUCCUCUGCUAAUAUGUUAUCAUUUGUAUUCAAAGGUUAAAGAAAUUGUUUCCUCAAAGAUGCUGUUUGAAAAGAGAAAUUAUUGCAUUUGGGCACUCAAAAACCCAUUAGAGGUCAGUCAAUCAGUAAGCAUUUAUUAAGCACCUACUAUGUGCCAGGCACUGUGCUAAGUGCUGGGGAGGCAAAAAAAAAAAUAAUAACAAAACAAAACAAAAAACCCAGUCCUUGACCUCAAG